CGACACGAGCAAUCUGUGUACAGGAAAAUACCAGGAACAGGUAAUUGUCUUGCUCAUGAAGAACAGGUGAUUCAAUUCACUAGUUACAUGAACUACAACAGUUUCUAUCCGUUUGUUAAGUUCAUACCCAUUCUAGAAAGACCGCCAUGUUUCAUACAGCCUCGGUCCUAUUGUUGUUGGCGUGUGGUCCACUGUCAGUAAUGUCAUUGACAUGUCUGCGAUGUCCAAACGUCAACAGUAUUUCGGCUUGCAACUCGAAUGUGGCCUGUGCAGCAGACGAACACUGUUACACAGAGAAGCGAUUUAGUGGCACAUUGAGUGACUAUUACAGUAUGGGAUGUGUGAAAUCUUUGUAUUGCCCAAGCACAGAUACUGAUGUUGUAAUAGGAAAGAAAGACACAUUAAGAGAAGAUGUCGAGGUGGAUGAGAAACUAAAGCGAGAAGCUCUGUGUUUCAAAUGCUGCUCCACGGACAACUGCAAUUUAUAUCUCUGUGACGAUGUGGAUCCUACAGAAAAACCAGAGGCGUUUACCAAUGGCACUGAACUAGAAAUACGUCUCGUGGGCGGAUACACCAAGUACGAAGGAAAUGUAGAAGUGUUUCACAAUGCCACCUGGGGCGGAAUUUGUGAUGACUAUUGGAGUGAGCUCCAUGCUCAGAUAGUCUGUUCUAUGCUAGGGUUCCAGAAAUCUAACGCUUUGGCCAUUAAAAAUAAUAGCUUCCUCGACACUAGUUACACCCCGUUCUGGCUUGAUGAUGUCAAGUGUCCUUCCAAUGCGACCAUUUUAUGGCAUUGCACUCACCGAGCCUGGGGGAGCAACGACUGCAACCGAGGAGAAAAAGCAGGAGUGAAAUGUUAUCCAGCAUUUCCACCGAAAGAUGACUUUAUAUUUCUCCUGGACACACAGCUGCAAGAAUUCCUUAAAGUUGACAUCAGCUCACAGACAUACGAUGUCAUUCCAACAGACAUGAAGUACAACCCUAAGACAUUUGACUACGACCGCGGUCAAAAUAAGAUUUUCUUUUUCGAUGAUCUGUAUAAGCAAAUAUUAAGUAUAUAUAGCGAUGGUAGUGGACUGUCUAUUAUCAAACAAUUAGAUUUUAACUCUGACGUCAGUGGUAUUGCAGUAGACCCUUUGAACGACAUUGUUUUCUAUAGCGACAACGGUUUGGUUGUAAUCGCGGCAAUCAAUGUCGACGGCAGUAACCAUAGAUACGUCAUCUCAUCCAGUCUCAACAGUCCAAGAAGUGUCGCCCUGCUUCCGGAGUCUCAAAAAAUAUUCUGGACUGAAUGGGGAGUCUUGCCAAAGAUUGAAAGUGCCGACUAUGAUGGAACGGGUAGAACUGUACUAGCUACCACAAACUUGAAAUGGCCAAACUCUUUGACAAUUGACUAUUCUGAGAGUCGUCUGUACUUUGUUGACGGAGGUAUGGGAACAAUUGAAUCCAUGGAUUUGGAAGGCAGUUUCAGACGAGUUAUCCUCCAUGACCCUGUCGCUCACCUGUUUUCUUUGGAUGUUUUUUCUGAGUAUAUUUACUUUACAGCUUUAGAGAAAAGCGGACCUUACAAAGUUAGAAAAGAUGGAUCAGGACUUUCCCCUAUCGGACCACAAGAUUUCAAUCAUAUGUCUCAAAUAAAAUUUUACAAAUAUGGCACUGGAUAUAGAGGUAAUACAGAAAUGCAGCAAAGGAGUUUAUCAACAACAUUCGUGCGUUUAGACGGUAUUUCAAGCUCUGCUAUGGGAAGUGUUGGUGUUUACGCCAACGGCCAAUGGAGAGAUGUGUGUGUGAAUAACUGGAACGACCCAGAGGCUCAAGUAUUUUGCUCUAUGCUCGGAUUUAACAGAAGAGAAUCUCACAGCGGAGUAUCUAUACCUUUUACAAGUCGGUUAACUCCUUUGUAUAUUGGUGACUGCCUUGGCAGCGAGAGACAUGUUGCUGGAUGUCCGUCAUCAGAAGUAAGCAACUGGCAUCUCCUCAACUGUACCGAGAAAGCAACUUUAAUAUGCUUUAGCCAGAAACAAACGGACUUUCAAAUCGACAAGUUUUUAAUAUUCUUCAAUACUUCAACUAAAGAUUUUAUUCGUAUGGAUCUAAAUACAAAUAGUUACACCAGAAAAUUCUUUACCCCUGAAAAUAUAACGUCAGUUGUGUAUGAUCCUUUUAAUCAGCGCAUUUAUUACAACGUAGUGGAUAAAAUCGCCACUACUUCUGUCAUCAAGUCAACAGAUCUGAUUACAUCAGGAAAUAGUUCGAAUAUUUCAAACAUAUUCUCAGAAAGUGACAUCAACAGUCUGGCUAUCGACACUAACUCGCACACAAUAUUUUAUACCGAUGUCAAGAAGAAACUGAUUGGUGCUCUCUUAACUAGUGGCAGCGGUUCUAGGGUUGUCCUCACUGGCAUCAACCAACCAAGAUAUAUCACAGUUGACAAACUAGACACGACAAUAUUUUGGACUGAAUGGGGUCCAGUUCCUAAGAUAGAGAAAGCCAAUUACGACGGUACUAAUAGACGGUCUUUGGUAACUACUGGCUUAAGAUACCCUAACGGCAUUGCUGUUGACCCAAAAGCCAAGCUAGUGUAUUUCUGUGAUGCUGGAACCCACAGCAUUGAAGUCAUGAACACAGACGGAAGCAACAGACGUGUUUUGUUUACAGACCUCAGUUCUAGCCUUGAUGGUCUGACCAUUACUUCUAAAUAUAUUUAUUACUCUGACAAGAAUAAAAGACAUGUCCUGCGUCUGAACCGUGAUGGAACCAACCACACGUCUGCUGGUCCGCCUGACUUCCCUCAAGUUAUCGGUCUCCAUGCUUACGACAUCAUUCUAAAUUAACUCUAGCUCUGCGAAAUUACUGUUAUAAAACAUGAGAAAUUAAAAGUUUCUUUAAAAAAAAAUCAGAAA